AAAUUUGGUGCCACGUCGGUAUGCCAAACACCGUUAUGGAAUAUAUUUAAUGAAUAUUAAUUAAGGAUUUUUUUUUUUGCAAAUCUUGUAAGUACGUUAUUGAAGUUUCUUUAACACAAUGAUAUUUUUUUCCACUUGUUCGAUAUUAUCGUUUUUAGCUAUGCUAGCCCAUGGAGGCAAACUACCCGACCCUGAAGUCAAAAUUGAAGUUCUGCAUAAACCUCUCCUGUGUCAACGCAAGACAAAAUAUGGAGAUAUGCUUCUUGUUCAUUACGAGGGAUACUUGGAGAGCAAUGGCACCAUGUUUCACUCAAGCCGCAUUGAAGGUGAUAAAAACCCAGUGUGGUUCACCCUCGGAACCAAAGAAGUGAUCCUGGGCUGGGAUAAGGGUUUGCAGAAGAUGUGCACAGGAGAACGGCGGAAACUGACUGUCCCUGCUGCUCUGGCCUAUGGGAAAGAAGGCAAAGGCAAGAUCCCUCCGAGCAGCACCCUGCUUUUUGACAUUGAGCUCAUCGAUAUCCGCAAUGGACCAAGGUCGCAUGAUUCCUUUAGGGAGAUGGAUCUUGACGAUGACUGGAAGCUGUCUAAGCAGGAGGUGAAAAUGUAUCUGCAGAAGGAGUUUGAGAAACACGGCUACAGCCCAAACGACACACACAAUGAAGCGAUGGUGGAGGAUAUCUUCAAAAAUGAGGACGAGGAUAAAGACGGUUUCAUUUCAGCCAGAGAAUUCACUUAUCAACACGAUGAACUGUGAAGGAUACAUUUCAUCCACACCUGACUCGCAUGUUAAAUAUGUAUUUUUUUCUUUUUUGUAAUAUAUUGUACCUCAGAACUUGGGUUGUUUAUUUAAUUUGUGAAUUAGAUUCAUGUGCUCGCUCAUCAUGCACUGUAAAAGAGGGAGAAUUUUUUUCAGGAAAUUAAAAAAAAAAAGUAUUAUUUUUGUAAUAUUAUUUAUAUUACAGCGAUCCCUCGCUACUUCGUGCGUCCACCUUCGUGCCCUCAG